GGCGACUUCCCCCUCACCUCCCCAGCGAGGCGGCAGUAAUCCAGGCUGAGGGUUCCCCGCAGGGGGAAGGGGCUUUGCCUUGGUGGGGGACAUGGCCCUGCCUGGUGAGGAGCUGCAGAAAAGGGCGAUUGGGGCAGGGGUGCCGGGGGCGGCGUAGCCCGGGGUGCGGGAUCGCCUGCGAGAGCUGGGAAAGAGCCCCGAGAUGCAGGAGGAUGGAGUUUAAGAGGGACUCAGGGCACCUGGAGAGCAGACGGGUUGAGGCAGUGGCCUGGUAUCUUAGCCCCAGUCCUCUUGGGAAGCACCCUACUGUCUCUUGGGGAGAGCUCAGUUGGUGGGAGAUGCACCUACUGGAGCCUGGGGAGCUGCCCCGGAGCGGGGCUCGGCCACCGCCAGCCUCUCCGGGGGGCAAGGGGAAAGGGCUGUGCUGGGGCCACGCACAGUGUCUACUCUGGUGUGGGAGCAAAGAGCAGAGGUGCUCCCCUCUCUGCCCCUAGUGCACGGGCAGAACAUUUUCUCCCUGGAGCACCUUCUCCUCCCGCGAGCUGAAGGUGAGGCCGCCUGCUGGAAAGCCCCAGAGCCCCCCGGGUCUGCUCCCCUCAGCACCUCCAGCAGAACCUCCUGAUCAUGCUAAGGCCUUGGCUCACGAUGAGAAGCUCAGUCUCCCCUUUCCUGGCAGCAGGGAGCUUGAUGCUUUCUGUGUGCUUGGCACUCCAGGCCACAGGCUCCCCGAGCGCUGGGAUUCCCGAGUGCUGGGCUCCCUGCCCAGAGCAGCUCAGCCUGCGGAGGCAGGACCACAGUCCCAUGCCCACCUCUGCCAGAGCCAUCUGCAAUUUGAGCCCAGCCAAGAGGUCCCACUGCUGGAAGAGGGACUGCAAGGGGUCUUGCAAACCCAGCAGCUGCCAUGCUACCUGGAGUGCAUCGGGGCAGUAGCGAGGGGAGAGGAGCUGGGGAGGGGGUGUGGCCUGCAUUAGGAGAAGCCAGUGGCACUACCUAGCCCUGCGUAGUGUUCAGAAGGGAUCAGGCUAUUUGGAAAACCAGUCGGAAAACUGCACUCGCUUUCCCUUGUGAAUGCAUUAGGAUGAGCCAUGACUGAAGAUCUCAGCAGACUUUUGCCUGGAAGAUAUGAUAUGCCAGGCGGAGCCUCGGAGCAGAUCCAGUGGCUGUAGCUGGUCUGCCCUCAGAGUGCCCUUUGUCACAUCCCUCUGCACACAUGGGCAGGGCCCCACAGCACCCAGAGGGAGCAGACAGUGUUCAUGCCUGGAAAGGAGACAGGGGUGAGCAUGGCAGCUAGGGCUGUCUGCCCUGGGGGCUUGAAGGCCUUGUCUGAAGGGCCGGAGCAGAAGGCACUGGGCUAGGAAGUAGGUGCAAGGAGCACAGGGAAAUGCUCUGCAGCCAAGUAUGGAAGAAGUUUACAGAGAACCUGAAGCCAGAGAGAUGCUGUGAAUAUGUGCAGAUGUCAGAGGUGCUGCCCUAUAAGAGCUGCUGCAGAAAGCAGGACAGCUGUGUCUGUAACUCAGCUCAGCUCCAGCCUUGUCAUCUAUAACCAGCCCAUCUGGGCUGAGCUCUUGUCCUCUUUGAAGGUAGGUGGGUGGGAACAGAGCUGAGCCAAGCUGUGCUCGGCGGGAUGGCUCUCAGCCCGACUGGGUAAGGGGGAAGGCAGAUCUCACCCUUGUGACUGUGCCCUCAGCCAGCCAGUCUGUGUAAUUCCCUGUGACAGUUCAAUGCAGAGCGAAGCCGGCAGCUUGGCAGCGGAUGCAUGAAAGGCAGGAUGCAGGUUCGGGGCCUCCUCCUCCUCCUGGUACUGAUCCUGCUGGCUGCCACCACCGAGGCUGGCAAAACCAAGAAAGAGAAGGCAAAGAAGGAUGGCUCCAAGUGUGAGGAUUGGCGCUGGGGACCUUGUGUUCCCAACAGUAAGGACUGUGGCCUGGGCUACCGUGAGGGAACUUGCAAAGAUGAGAGCAAGAAGCUCAAGUGCAAGAUCCCCUGCAACUGGAAGAAGAAAUUUGGAGCUGACUGCAAGUACAAGUUUGAGAGCUGGGGAGGGUGUAGUGCUCAGACAGGCUUGAAGACUCGCUCAGGCAUCCUGAAGAAAGCCCUGUACAAUGCCCAGUGUGAGGAGAUCGUCUCUGUGACCAAGCCCUGCUCUUCCAAGAUCAAGUCGAAGUCCAAAGCAAAGAAGGGCAAGGGGAAGGACUAGAACAGGAAGCCAUCAUCUUCAUCGGCCCCUAAACAUUGUGCCUACUGGACUGGAUGCCCAGCUGCAGCUGGCCCAUGCUACAGUCUUCCUUCUCCUCUCCUUCCUCCUUUCCAUGACCUCCUGUUUCUCUGAGAUGCCUUGUUUUAAUCAUUAGUGUUGUAGAGAGCAAACCCACCCACCGUGCAGGAGAGGCUGCUUCCGUCCUUGCUACCCCACUGCCACUGCCAAUGCCUCUCACUCAUCUCCUCUCGGCUCGUGUUGGGGUUCGCUGGGAUGUGCCCAGAGAGCUGGGAUGGGAACACACAUUUUUCCACCCUCCAGCACAAAUGAGUUGCCUUUAGCACAUCCUUUGGCAAGUCCAGGAGCCUUAUUGUUCCUCCACCAGCUACCGGUGACAGAGGGAAGGGGUGGGUGUUGAAUGCCAGAGUAACUCCAUUACUCCUGCCCCUUACUCACUUGAGGACUGCUCUCAGCUCGGGAGGCUUAUUCUAGCAUCCCUUUGGCCAGGGCACGAAUUACCUGCAGCUGAGGUAAACACAACCAUUACCCCAGGAACCACUGUGUCUCCUCUCCUCUAUCCCUUCUAACCAUGUGUGUUCACACUGGGGCUGCAGCCCCUCUGCCUUUGCCACACCAACACUGGUGCUGGGUGGGAGCUCUCACUCCUUUUGGAAAUGGGGUUUGUUUUCUUUUCCAAUAAAAAUCUUUUUUAAAAAAGUAUCAGAACCAA